AUGAGGUCUUGUAUUUAUUUUGGUGUAUUACUGUCAUCAAUUUUCUUAGUUGUGAAUGCGGAUGUUUAUUUACAUUUUCCACCCGGUUCGAACAAUCGUGUCAAUGAACAAACAGCCGAUCGUGCCCAGGAAAUCAAUGCAUUUGAUUCUCAAAACAACGAUAAAGGUGGAUACAACGUUCCUGACGCAACCAACACUCCAUUUGAUACAAAUGCUUCCUUACAAUACUAUCUGAAAUUCUUUCAAAGUGGACAAAAUGGUAAAACUUAUUUACGUUUCGUUUGGACGAAUCAACAUGGCUGUGGCGGUGAUGAAGAAACAAAUCCAAACAAACAAACAUGCAAUAUUAUUCUUCAAUAUAUGUGUCAAGAUGCUGAUGUCGAUGAUAGUAACCUUGAUAAAUUUCGCAAUGGAAUUGUAACGACACCUCAACAGUACACGCCGAAACCAGCUUCGGAUCAAGCUGGCAAAUUAGCAGAUGUGAAUACAAAUCGAAGACUGCAUGAAUCGUGGAAUUAUUAUGAUCGAUGCUAUAAUCGUGAACGAAACAAGGGCCUUUUCAUUGCUGAUCAAAAAUUAAAUGGGGACACAGCUAGAUUUACCCGACAAAAUAAUGCUGGAACUAAAUAUGGUUACGAGUGUCCAGAAGAACGCGAUUAUUGGCCGUACAUUAGUCCGUGGAAUGACAUCGCUAUCCUUACUAGUAAUGAUAGCAUGUGCAAUUAUUAUCAAACAGAAAGUUUCAAUGUUAAACCACGUUAUGAAUGUAUUGAAACAAAGAAUGACGUUCGAACAUCGACAAAAUAUAAUAACGAAGCAAAUUGUACAGCUAAUGGUGGAAAAUGGCUGUUGGUCUAUUCUUAUAUAGAAAAGGCUCCAGCAUAUACAACACAGGCGACAUGUGAACGUGCUUCAUCUUCCCGUUAUCAAUACAAAUGGGCACUUCCACAUGAUACAACAACUGUGAAAGAAGAAUGUCUUGUCCUUCAUUCGCAACAAGGCCCGGUCUGUGAACAAGCAGCAUGGUCUCGCUCAAAUUAUCUCGGAUUGAAUUCUAAUGCUGAACCACUCUCAUACGAUUGGGUGCUUCCAAGUUUUCCGUCGAAUAAAGUUAAACGAUGUGUCGCACGAAUUCGAUACAACAUCUCAACAUUUGACUAUGAUAUAUACAAGAUCGAUGCAACGAGCAAUGGAGGCAAAUCGCCAAUAAAAAAUAACCCUAAAGUAACUGUCGACAAUGGUAUUGUCUUACAAAUCAACUUGAAUACCAAUCAAGCUGGAAGAACAUUCCAAGAUCGAACGCAUCUUUUUGAAAUUCUUCCAAGACCAAACGGUGUCAGCGAUAAUGAAAAUAUUUAUAACUGGAACAUGCUAGGUAAACGUGGAAAUAUUGUCCAAACUUAUCCAGCUGUUGAAUAUGACUUUACACCACGGAACCUUCAGAUCGGAAGUGCUGAUCUUGUUCAUAUACAAUGGGCUGGUUCGAACACACAUCAGAAUGGCGGUGCAUCAGAUGGUCAAACAGGCAACGAUGGACAAGGAGCUGAUGGUACGGAUCGAUCGAAUCUUGUCCAAAUUCGCGAUCGUGAUGAAAAUUACCCAUAUCCGUACGAACAGUCAACAUUUUGGAAGAAUGUCAAAGUUCGAUGGAGUCCAAUGGAAAAAUCCAAUGAUAAUAUUCGAAAAGACGACCUUGCUCUCUAUUUUGCAUCAUCCGGUUACUAUCGAUGUCAACGAUCUGCUGACUGCACUGGAAUCGACAGUCCCUAUUCAUUCGAAGCACAAACAACAAAAUUAAAUAGUCUACUAGAUAACGCUCCAGCAUCUUUUGAAGGUGCUCUUCUACAAGUCAAUCCUGGUACUUACCAUAUGAUGUGUACACGAAAUAACAAUUUUAGUAAUCGCGCUCAAAAAGGCACCUUAAUCGUUACUUAA